AUGUCGUCCAUUGGUCCAAGAAAGCUCGCUCUCAAGGGCACGCCCAGAGAAAUUGGUCUCGAACAUGGCCGUUCCCUGCAGGCUCAAAUCAAAUCCCAGAUCGCCAUCUACACGGAUAUGUUCGCCUACACGUCCAAACUCAACUGGGAAGGCGUCCGGACGGCGGCCGAAGAUUUUCGUUCCACGAUUGAGAAGUUGACCCCAUCCAUCUAUGAGGAAAUCGUGGGUAUCGCCGAGGGUGCAGGGUUGGAUGUCUUGGAUAUUGUGGCGUUGAAUAGUCGUAGUGAGACUGCUCUGGGUCUGUUUUCGGACGGGUGCACCAGUUUCUCAUGGAAGAAUGACGAUGAUGGUCAUGGACGCGUUUUGGCUCAGAAUUGGGACUGGGUGGGCACCAUUAAAGAGAAUCUUGCUAUGGUCUCUAUCGAGCAGGAGGGGAAGCCUAAGAUCUAUAUGGUUACGGAAGCAGGUAUUGUUGGGAAAAUCGGCUUCAAUACCGCAGGCGUGGGAACCUGUCUCAAUGCCAUCCGUGCAAAACCGGUCAUAAACUCCAAAUUACCCAUCCACGUUGCCCUACGGCUGUUUCUCGACAGUACGUCUGUGGCAAGUGCGAUUAAUACUCUGUCUUCUCUUGGGGGUGUUGCUUCUAGUCAACAUGUUCUUGCCGCAGACCCUACAACUUCACUAGGGCUUGAACUUUCACCAUUGGGAGACGUCCAUCUUAAAGAAAACGAAUCCGGCAUUAUAACUCACACGAACCACUUCAUCGAAAACCGAUACGUAAACGAGCCUCCAUGGCUAUCGGGGUCUCCGAUCCGGUUGGAACGGAUCAAACAGCUAUCCCAUGAGCUGGUUGUUCAGGGGGAGAAAUUCACCCCAGCUUUGCUUAGGCAGAAGAUAUUCUCUGACACUUACAAUGCACCACAGUCAAUCUGUUGUCUUGGCGAUCCAUCCAGGGACGAGGCUGUGAGAUCCAAGACCCUGUUUAACAUCAUCAUGAAUCUCGACCCAAAGGAUCUUUGGGCUGAAGUUGUCUGGGGACAGCCAGGGAUUGGAGAAGAGGGGACUACCGUUUUCAAGAUGCCCUGGCUUUGA